AUGCAACGUGUGUGGACGGGGCGAUCACGAAAGCGUGGAAAGAAUACAUUAAUGAAUAUUCAAGCUCAAUUACAAAAGUAUUAUUCUACAAUAAUGGAAAGGUCACCCACGACACAAAAUGGAAGUCGCAGUGAUUUUUCAAGGCUUGCACGACGUCUUUGUGGAAAAUCAGUUGGUCUGGUUUUAGGAGGGGGAGGGGCUAGAGGCAUAGCACAUGUAGGUGUUAUUAAAGCUCUGGAAGAAGCUGGCGUUCCGAUUGAUAUGGUUGGAGGUACUAGCAUCGGUUCCUUUAUUGGUGGACUUUAUGCACGUGAAUCAGACAAUGUGGCGAUCCUUGGACGAGCUAAAGCAUUCUCAUCACGAAUGUGUAGUAAAUGGAGACAAGUCAUCAAUUUAAUCGAGGUAUCUGGAAAAGUUUUUCAGAUACACUUAUCGAAGAUUUUUGGUUAUCAUACUUUUGCGUUACCACAAACAUCACGUGGUCACGGAUGGAGGUUCAUAAAAGUGGUUAUGCAUGGCGAUAUAUUAGAGCAUCAAUGUCAUUGUCAUCAUUCUUACCCCCCCCUUUGUGAUAAUGGGAAUUUAUUAGUGGAUGGCGGAUAUCUGGAUAAUUUACCG